GUCGACGGCGGAAUGGGCGGAGGUAGUUCCACGCGGCGGGUAAAUGUGUAUGUGAUGGCGGCAUUGCAAGAUGACCCGCCGCCGCCCGUCGACUGGAUAGGCACGUCGCUCAAGGCCAAGCGAGCGCUGUCCCUAAAGGACUUUGACCUGAAGGGGUUGAUUGGAACAGGCAUGAUCGGUCACGUGUAUAUCGCUCAGUACAAGCUGUCUCGGCAGUAUUUUGUCAUCAAGUCCAUGUGGAAGGCAGACGUGAUCGAUCGCAACAUGCUGCGCCAUGUCCAAAGCGAAAAGCAAGCGAUGGAGACGCUGCAGCAUCCGUUUCUGGUCAAGUACUUUGCUACGUUUCAAUCCAGCGACCAAAUUCACUUUGUUCUCGAGUACGUUCCCGGCGGCGAGCUUUUCAAGUGGUACGUCGAAAGGAGAGACAUGGAAUGCAUGGCUCACGUUGUUUGUUUCCUCGACAGGCUGCACGAGUACCACCGGUUUUACGACCACGAGGCCAAGUUCUUCGCUGCCGAGCUUGUCCUCGUCCUUGCGUUCGUUCACGAAGAAGGGUACAUCUACCGCGACUUGAAGCCCGAAAACAUUGUGCUCGACGCGCACGGGCACAUUCGGCUGGUCGACUGUGGAUUUGCCAAGUAUGUCGGGAAUCCUGAAGACAACGGUCGGUGCACCACGUCGCUCGGAACUCCGCAGUACCUCGCCCCGGAGCAACUCCGCAAGAAUGAUCGGUGCUACACCCAGGCCGUGGACUGGUGGGCAUUUGGUUGUGUCGUGUUCGAGCUGCUCAUGGGGCGCACUCCAUUCUUUCGGUCCGCGACGGACACGCCCUACGAGCUGUACACACGCGUCGUGCAAGGCAAGCUUACAUUUGGCGACCGCUUCACGCCCAACGCCAAAGGUACGAUGCCACGGCAGUGGCCGCUGCAUUAACAUCGACAAAGACUUGAUCCGGCAGUUGCUCCAACCCGACUUGACCAAGCGACUCGUGGACCCUGUCAAGAUUAAACAGCACGACUGGUUCGCCGACGUCGACUGGGCCAUGGUCGAUGCGCUGCGAAUCGAGUGUCCCGUCCAUCCGCCCCUUCACAUGGCGGGGGACUUUGGCAACUUUACACUUCACGACAAACACCCACCCAAGUCCAACAAAUCGAUCUCUGCGGCGGCCGACCGGGAAUUCGCCGACUUUUAGCGACGGACCACGUCCACGGGUACCAGCAAUGGCACUGGGUCGGCUGUGGUACCAUACCCUGAUGUCUUCGCUGCAGCGAACGGCAGGAGCUGGGCCAGCGUGUCUCGAUCGAACUCGACUUUCCACUCGCAACAAAAGACUCGCAUGAGGUCGUGCGAGAUGAGUGCGGUCAGUUCCGACACGAUGAGCGCGACGAUCGCGGUGACGACGACCUCGCCAGACACGACCCACCGGGCCACUUGCAUGUUGACCUCGCGGCCGGUCCACGACUCGAAGGCGGUCAUGACGCUGUGGACUUCGGCUGGCGUCGGAUCAAAUAGCUUCAGGCAAGCAGCCACGAAUGACAGCGGCCCCACGUACAAAAACAGGCUCGAGCAGAGCGGCUUGACAGACACAAAGUAGAUUGUGGCCAUGUACAACUCUAUCGUGGCAGCGGAGUGGAAGAACGAUUGUUUAACGCGCAAAUCCACGCCGACGAGAACCGAGUCCUCAGCGGUGUCGUGCUGGAGUCGAAAGUAUUCAUGAAUCGUGAUAUCGGUCGUGGCUGCCUUGGCAAUGCAAUGUGGCAGGAAUAUGUCGACCUGGUCGAUCAUGUCGUCGCGCCGGAACCGCAAAGCGGUCGUGAUGUACAAGUACAAGUGAGAGCAAAUCGAGGUGACGACGACAGCAAAGCUUGCCGUGGACAUGACAAAGUUGAGCGGGUGAAACAACAUGGCUUGUAGAACAGACCAUGUGAAUGGGUUGCCAAUGCGCCAGGUCGGUGCUCGGAAAGCCGGCGAGGGGCUGCCUGCAUGUCGACGCAUCAGGGCGAUGGCAGUAGUUUGGGAUAGACUCCGCUAGGGCUGGAGAGGCGUUGUAGGAUC